AUGGCACGGAAACGCCCAAUUGAGAAUAUUUGCUGCGUCGGCGCUGGCUAUGUUGGCGGCCCAACAGCAGCAGUAAUCGCGCUGCAAAACCCUCAGCUCCGCGUGACCGUCGUCGACAAGAACGAGCGGCGCAUCCGGCGCUGGAACUCGAAGCACCUGCCCAUCUACGAGCCGGGGCUCAACGACAUCGUGCGCAUCGCGCGCGACGGCUCGCGCGCCUGCUGGUUCCCGGCCAACCCCGUGGACCCGCAGACGCAGGACGCGCCCAAGUUCCAGUGCGACCGCCAGUGGACGGGCGUGCCCUCGCGCCACCCCAACCUGUUCUUCUCGUGCCAGGUCGGCCGCUGCAUCCGCGAGGCGGACAUCGUGCUCGUCGCCGUAAACACGCCGACGAAGACGCGGGGCGCGGGUAUGGGCAGCGCGACGGACAUGACGGCGUUCGAGGCCGUUACGAGUGAGGUGGCGCAGCACGCGAGGCCCGGCACGAUCAUUGUGGAGAAGUCGACGGUGCCGUGCCGGACGGCUGACCUUGUGCAACGAACUUUGGCGGUCCACCGUCCCGGGGUCCACUUCGAGGUCCUCUCGAACCCCGAGUUCCUCGCCGCCGGCACCGCGAUGACCGACCUCAUGAAGCCGGACCGCGUGCUAAUCGGCUCCGCGAAAACGCCCACCGGCCGCCGCGCCGCAGAAGCCCUGGCCAGCAUCUACGCGGCGUGGGUGCCGCGCUCGAAGAUCAUCACGACGAACGUGUACUCGUCUGAGCUCGCGAAGCUCGUCGCGAACUCGAUGCUCGCGCAGCGCAUCAGCAGCAUCAACUCGAUAUCCGCGAUCUGCGAGAAGACGGGCGCGGACGUGGACGAGAUCGCGGCGUCGAUCGGGUGCGACCCGCGGAUCGGCGGCAAGUUCUUGAAGGCGGGAAUCGGCUUCGGCGGCAGCUGCUUCAAGAAGGACAUCCUCAGCCUCGUGUACUUGGCCGACUCCCUCGGCCUCGGGGAGGUGGCCGAGUACUGGCGCCAGGUGGUCAAGAUGAACGAGUACCAGCGCGAGCGGUUCGCGCGCCGCGUCAUCCGCUGCCUCAACAACACGCUCGCGGGCAAGAAGAUCGCGCUGCUGGGGUACGCGUUCAAGGCCAACACGUCGGACACGCGCGAGUCGCCCGCGCUCGAGAUCAUCAAGACGCUGCUAGAGGAAGGGCCCCGCGAGAUCGCCGUCUUCGACCCCUGCUGCAACCCCGUCGUUGUCCGCGCCGAGAUCAAGGACCUGCUGUCGUCCCCCUCGGGCCGCCCCGCGCUCAGGGAAGAAGGGGGCCCGAUUGAGAUAUACUCGAGCGCGUACGGGGCGUGCGAGGGCAGCCACGCGGUGCUGAUCACCACCGAGUUCGACGAGUUCCGCAACACGCCGGCGAAGUCUGCCAAACCCACCAAGCCCAUCGAUCCCCGCCCCUUCCCCUCCCGCGCCACCACCGAGGCCGACGUCCUCGCCGUGCACAAGUACUUCGUGCUCAACCCCGCGGCGUCCAGCUCCCCCUUCGCGAGCUCCGACGACCCCCUGCAGCGGUACAAGCCCGAGCCUGACUGCGAGAGCGACUGUCCCGAUUGCGAGUUGAUUAGGACGAGUGGGUUUUCGUCGGCGGGGAAUGUUGGGGAGGGCAAUGGGGAUGGGGAUAAGGGGGAUGGGGCGAGGGCGAGGCUCGACUGGAACAGGAUCGCGCGUCACAUGCACAAGCCCAAGUGGCUGUUUGACGGCAAGGGGAUUGUCAAGGCGGAGGAGAUGCGGAUGUUUGGGUUUCAGGUUGAGAGUGUUGGUCGCUGA